AUGCCCUUUGGCGGAGGUGUCUCUGUCUGCACCGGCCGUCACCCCGCCCUCGCCGAGCUGAAGGCACUGAUCAUCAUCCUCAUCCGCGCCUUCGACCUCGACUACGCCGGCCUCAUCGACGCGAACGGCAAGACCGUCCCGUCCUCCACCCUCCCGCUGAGCAAGAACGAGAAGUCGUACCCCGUCCCGCCGUACGCCAACGGCUCCGGCUCCGCCAUCCUGCACCCGGAGGGCGACAUGUUGACCCCUCCCCCUCCCAUGUGUGUAUCUUAA